AUGUCCUUCCGACUGACGUCCUGCAAAAGUGGGAAGCCCUUCAGGUUUCAUGACGCGUCUAUUCACGCAUACGCAGCGGCCGUGUAUCUUCGGCUCAUUUCUCUCUCUGGCGAAAUCUCUUCUCACUUGCUAAUCGGCAAGUCAAAGGUCGCUCCGAUCAAGUCCCUCAGUAUUCCUCGGCUGGAGUUAUGCGCAGCCGGCUUGCUGGCUCGGCUACUCGAAUUCGUGCGAACCACUCUUGGUCUCGUCACCUCCCCGUGCUAUUGCUGGACAGACUUAACUGUCGUUUUAGCGUGGGUCACGCAACAACCGGCCAAAUGGAAGACGUUCGUCGCGAAUCGCGUAUCAGAGAUACAAUCGCGCGUUCCGAACGCGAUGUGGAACCACGUUCCCACCGAUGAAAAUCCCGCAGAUUGCGCAUCUCGCGGAAUCGCCGGGUCUCUCCUUCGAACUCACCCACUCUGGUGGUGCGGCUCAGCAUGGUUGCGUUACCCGAUCGACGAGCCGUCGGCUUCUCGAUCGCACAAUUUCGAUACUCAAAUCGAACAAAAGGUGAGUAUUCAGUCUCAUUUAGCUUCGACGGAACUUGACUGCGACUUUACGAUGAGAUUUUCGUCGUGGCCUCGGUUAAUUCGCGUAACAGCGUAUAUAAUGCGCUUCAUCAAUAAAACUCGGAAGCAGUCGAUUCCCGUUGACGACGUUAAUGAGAACACGCUAGCGUUAUCAGCCCGCAAAUGUCAACUCGCGAAAGAAUUUGUUCUGAGACGGAUUCAGCAAGAGCUUUUCCCUCUCGAGUUUGCUGCGCUCACAAGUCAACGAGCCAUAUCCUCGAAAAGCUCGAUUCUGUCGCUCAACCCUUUCCUCGGCGAGGAUAGAUUAAUCCGUGUUGGCGGGCGGCUUUCGCACGCGCCGCUUUCCUUUUCCGUUAAACACCCGAUUAUUCUCGCCUCGCAUCCGCUAGUCGCUUUGGUUCUGUAUCACGUGCAUUUAAAAUCUCUACACGCAGGUCUACAAUUAACGCUCGCUACUCUACGACGCGAGUAUUGGGUACUUCGCGCCCGAAGUCUCGCAAAACUCACUAUUUUUCGCUGCGUUAUUUGUACUCGAGAAAGGGCCACGAUUCCCUUCCAACAGAUGGGUGAUCUGCCUCGCGUGCAGGUGACUCCUCCCGCACGCGCUUUUCUCAAUUGCGGACUGGAUUACGCUGGUCCGGUGCUCGUACGAUCCUUGUCUGGUCGCGGAAUCCCGUCACGAAAAGCGUAUAUCGCGAUUUUUAUUUGCAUGGCGACUCGCGCCAUUCAUUUGGAGCUCGUGGAGGGCUACUCAACCUCAACGUUUAUCGGCGCGUUUUUUCGAUUUUGCGCUCGACGCGGCCUGCCCUCGGCCAUGUAUUCAGAUAAUGGCACGAAUUUCGUGGGCGCCGAACGCGAGCUUACCGCCGCGUUUCGCGCGACUAUCAGGGACCUGGACUUUCUCAAUCGAACCGCUUCCGAUCGAAUCACGUGGCACUUUAUGCCACCUUCCGCUCCUCAUUUCGGCGGAUUAUGGGAGGCGGAAGUACGGAGUGUAAAGCACCAUCUCCGUCGAGUGAUUGGGGCUCAUACUCUCACAUUUGAGGAAUUCUCAACAGUCUUAUGCAAUGUGGAGGCGUGUCUCAAUUCCCGACCGCUCGCUCCUCUCAACGACUCGGUCGACGAUUAUGAACCGUUAACUCCCGGGCAUUUUUUGAUCGGCUCGGCCCUGACCGCAGUUUCCGAACCUUCCGUUUUGAAUCUUCGCGAAAAUAGACUGUCGCGCUGGCAACUUGUGCGCCAGAUCUCAGAAAGAUUCUGGAAGUUAUGGCUUGACGACUAUGUAAAUACGUUACAACAGCGCGUCAAGUGGAAACGACCUGCCAAAGCCGAGAUCCGCGUCGGUCAAUUCGUCUUAUUGCGUAACCCUCUACUCCCCUCUUGCAAAUGGGAGCUCGCUCGCGUACUACGAUGUCACACGGGUCAAGACGGAUUAACUCGCGUUGUCACGGUGAAGACUGCGGCGUUCGAGUAUAAGCGACAGAUUAAUAAGCUAUGCCUGCUUCCAAUCGAUAUCGAGAGCCUGGAGCCUCCGACGUAA